GCGCCAUUUAUCGUUGGCAUUGGAGAAAGGCGCACGCAAUAUGGCGACCAACAGCAUGGGGAGUGUGUGCAACACGCCGCGCGACCACACCAGGGCCACCCGCUUCAGCUCGCAUAGCUUGAUCGCUGUGGAAUCGUCGGCUGUGUAUCCCGUCGACGCCGUCGAAACGUCAGCGAGUGAGAAUGCCGUCAAAUCGGUAAUGUAUGGACUGAUCAAUGCGAUCUUGGUGAUUCCAGUGUUCAUGAGCUUUACGGCCAUCAUCUUCAGCGAUCCCUUCUUUCAACCGUACAUGCCGGCGUUGGUCAAGCUCGUGGGCUUUUCCUGUGCCGUGCAUCAAACGAUAUUCACGCUCAAGAGCUCCCUUCCGUUUGCGAUCGGACAAGUUCAAGACGCAGGGUUGAUCUUUUUGUCCGCCAUGUCGUCGUCCAUUGUGACCAUUCUCACGGCCGACAAGGACCUUCCUCCAAAUGCUGUCAUCGCCACGACUCUGGUCACGCUAAGUUCUGCCACCAUGUUGAUGGGGCUGGCGUUGAUCUUGACUGGCCAUUUUAAACUCGCCAGCUUGGUGCAGUACCUACCCAUGCCAGUGAUCGGAGGGUACCUUUCAUACAUUGGUUUUUUCUGCUUGGAAGCGGGUAUGGGGUUGAUGGCUGGCGUGGAAAUCAAAAACAUCACGGACUGGUGGAAAUUGGGCAACGUCGAUGCACUCGUGCAUAUCUUUCCGGGGGUGCUCUGUGGUCUGGUGCUGUUUAUCCUGUCGUCCAAGGUGCAGCACUUCCUCGUCCUCCCCGUGUGCUUGACUGUGCUCCUGCUAUCGUUCUACGCGUUCUUGCUCGUGUCGGGCUUUUCCUUUGACGACGUGCGGCGUACGGGAUGGGUGAGCUUUGCCCCCGCGGCGGUGUCGUCCCCGUUGCAAGUGUUUGACCUGUUUGACUUUUCGCUCGUGCAAUGGCAUGUCAUCCCCAACCAAAUCUUCACGUGGUUGGGUAUGUACUUCGUCGUGGCGUUCUCGUCCAGCUUGGACGUGGCCGCCAUUGAAAUGAACAUGGGCUCCGAGCUCGACUACAACCACGAGCUCAAGACAGUCGGCUGGUCCAACGCCGUGUCGGGGAUGCUGGGGGGGUUCACCGGAUCUUAUAUAUUUUCCCAAACGAUCUUCACGCUCAAGUCCAACACCAACAGCCGCAUCCCGGGAAUCGUCGUCCUCGUGUCUGAACUCGUCAUCUUUGUGUCCCCCGUCGCCCUCACAGCGUACAUUCCAAAGUUCUUCUUUGGUGCGUUGCUGUCGUUGAUUGCCAUUGACUUGAUGAUGGAAUGGCUCCUUCACGCGUACUCCAAGCUCCGCUUCCGCGAGUACUUGAUCGUCGUAGCGACGUUUGUCUUGAUCAAUCUGCUGGGGUUGGAGUCCGGCAUGCUCGGGGGGCUCGUGUGUGCCAUGACCAACUUUGUGUUUACGUAUUCCGAAGGCGUGUCCGUGGCCAAGAUGUUUAGCCGCAGUCGCGUGCAACGCAAUUACCAAGACCGUCAAUACUUGACCAAACACCAGAGUCAGAUUGUGGCGCUCGAGCUGCACGGGUACUUCUUCUUUGGCUCGAGCAUCCGCCUUGUGGAGCACAUCAAGCACAACAUUUACGUCGACGCAUCUAAAUCGCAUGUCAAGACGUCGUUGAAAGAGUCGACGCCGCUGUUGAAGGCCACUGCGCGCGUCGAAUCGUCCUUUGUAGACGAAGACCCGAACCGAUACAUUUGCACGCUCAAGGAACUCGACGAACUGCAUGCGUCGACGCCAUCCUCUACCUGCCGCAAAUCCAUUCUCGAGCCGGGAACCCGUCCGACGCAGUAUUUGCUGCUCGACUUUGAGCACGUGACGGGGAUCGACGCGACGGCAUCCCGCAGUUGCUUUCAAGCGAUGAAAACGAUUUUGGCGCGGCACCACAUUUCGUUGAUCUUUUCGCGCAUGGCGUCCAACUUGGAGCGUCAGCUGGAAAAGAACGAAGUGUUGGGCGGCGGCGAUGCCGACGGCGUGACCAUCUUCAAGUCGGUGGACGCGGGGCUGGAAUUCUGCGAGAACAUGCUCCUCAACGAACGCCCGCCGCCCACGCCGUCCACAGCGCUGCAGGCCAAAGAUCUGUUUCCCAAAGCCAAGAAGCAACCCGAUUCCUUUGCGACAGUGUCAACCCUUACCAGCGUUCUGACCAGCGCGCUGGAGUCGUGGUCAAGUGCCGCCGAGUCGUCGAUUUUCCUGCCCUCGCAAAACAUUGAGCGGUACUUUACAAAGCAAACGCUGGCGACUGGCGAACGUGUGUUCUCCCAGAACGACGCGACGAGCAGUCUGUUUGUGGUCGAGAGCGGCGAGCUGGAGAUUUACAAGGAGACCGCGACCAGCAGCAGCCCCAACCGCAUUAUUAAGGUCAGCGAAGGGUCCCUCGUAGGCGAAGUGGACUUUUACCUCGAGCAAGACCGGUCGUUCACGUGUCAGGCCACGGCGCCGUCUGUCGUGUUUGAACUCACGCGCGCAUCGCUCGACCAGAUGGUCAGUGGGGACCCGCAGCUGUGCACGGCGAUUCAAACGGUGUUUCUCAAGUGCAUGAGUCUGGGCGUGCACAACCACCUAUUAGUCAACCACACGCCGCUCGAAAAGUAACUACCGUGUACUACUAGUAUAUCUUUUGGAUCUGUCCCCCCAAAAACAUGUCAGGAAAACAAUGCAUGCAACAGUACCGUGCUCUAAUUUCAAAUCGGUUUGGAUUGGCCAUUUCGACUCUUUGACUUUAUUGAUUGGCUAGAACGAAAUAAUAAGAGAAUUUUGACCAAU